GCAGCCCCACCGCAGCGACAGGCGGGGCCGAGGCCAGCUGGAGGGGCCGCCUUCCGAGCGGGGGCGGGACCAGCACCCACCGGGCCGACGCCCCUGGGCGGACUCAGAGCAGUCGCGGCGGGCGCCCGGCAGGUGUCCAGACUGAAUGUGGCCCGGGUCGCAGAGGCGGCACCACCUAUCCUGGUCCCGUCGUGGCGCCCAGAACUCCGCAGAGGACGCGACGAGGAGCCGGCGGCGGGACUGCUGGGCGCCCGUAGCGCCAGUUAAACAUUAACCCUCCGCUCCCCGGGUCCCCGUGCUGCCUGGAGCUGCGCUCCGCCCCGGCUUCCCAGGAGGGUGGGGCGGAGCGCCCUGAACUCGCACUGCGCACCCCUCAUCGAGCACCCCCUCCACCAGAGGCACCAUGCCCGGCCUGUACUGCCCCUCCAGCUGGACGCCGCUGCCCCUCACGGACUCCUGGGUUCGGGCCUGCGCCAAUGGACCCUGCCUCAGCCUGCGGGCCCGGCUCACCUACCACAACCCACAGCCGCAGCCUGUGGACGGCGUGUUUGUGUACCCGCUGGCCGAGGCCGAAGUGGUUUCGGGCUUCGAGGCGGAGGCCGCAGGACGGCGCGUCUCCUUCCAGCUGCAGAGCCGGCGCCGCUCGCAGGCCGCCUGCUGCCGCGCGGUGGGCCCCGCGCUGGGGGCCUCAACACCCCGCCGCUGUGCGCAGGGUCAUCUUGUCUUGGAUCUGGCCCAGGCCCGGUCCACACUCGUGCUGCCCACAGGCCUCAUCGCCGCAGCCGGCACCAUGACAGUGACCCUGCGCAGCAGCCGGGAGCUGCCCUCCAGGCCUGACGGGGUGCUGCGCGUGGCCCUGCCCUCCGUGCUCACCCCUCUGGCCCCGCCAGGCCCGCUGGGGCCCCCCAGGCCUCCGGGGCUCUGUGACGACAGGUUGGGCCUAUGCCCCACCAGCUGCUUCGGAAUGGGCAGCCCUGAGGGGGAUGGGCCAGCCUGGGAGGAGCCAGCUGCCCCUCGGGACGUGUUCUCAGGCCCUGCCCGUUGCCCGGCCCCGUACACCUUCUCCUUCGAGAUGCUGGUGACUGGGCCAUGCCUGCUGGCAGGCCUGGAGAGCCCCUCUCACGCUCUGCGGGCAGAUGCCCCCCCUCAUGCCAGCUCUGCAGCCACCAUCUGUGUCACACUGGCAGAGGGCCACCACUGCGACCGGGCCUUGGAGAUCCUGCUGCACCCCAGUGAGCCCCACCAGCCACACCUGAUGCUGGAGGCCGGCAGGCUGAGCUCAGCAGAAUACGAGGCCCAGGUGAGGGCCCGCCGGGAUUUCCAGAGGCUGCAGCGAAGGGACAGUGAGGGGGACCGGCAGAUGACUACAAAAGGGUGCCCCCUCUGGGUGGAAUGGAUUGAGAAAGUCUCCGGGGCUAGGUCCUGCUGCCAGCCUAGGUCGGAGUUGCACUCAGCCUGGCCCAGGAUGACUCGGGGCUCCCGUGCUCAGGUGUGGUUCCUGCAGCGACGCUUCCACAAGGACAUCCUGCUGAACCCCGUGCUGGUGCUGAGCUUCUGCCCGGACCUGAGCUCCAAGCCUGGACACCUGGGCACAGCUACUCGGGAGCUCCUCUUCCUGUUGGAUGGCAGCAGCAUGGCACACAAGGCCUGUGGGGGCACGGUGUGGGCAGGCCUGGGGUUGGGUGCAGCAGUGGGUCUGAGGUGGGCUGGGGGGCAGCCUCCCGAAGACACACACACACACACACACACACACACACACACACACACCCCUCUCUCUCCUUCUCAUGCUCAUACAUACAUGCAUUUCUCCCAGAUUCCAAGAGCCUCUUUCAUAUGUAAAGUUACAUUCAGUCACACCGAAUCUCAAACCCAAGGAUUCACAUACACCUCCAGGGUCACAUACACAAUCGUCUCUCACACAGAGUCUCCCUCACAUGCCGGGGUCUCACUUACAGUCUCACACACACAGAGCCUCACCCAGAUUACCCCUCAUUUUACACACGGCCUGGAGAAAGCAAGCAAUCUGGCAUCCCUUGUUCUCUACCGGUGCCAAUGGGGCCUGCCUCACCCUGCCCUCCCUGGCUCUCCCCAGGAUGCCAUCGUUUUGGCUGUGAAGUCGCUCCCGCCCCAGACACUCAUCAACCUGGCCACGUUUGGCACAUUGGUGCAGCCCCUCUUCCCAGAGAGCCGGCCUUGCAGUGAUGAAGCUGUGCAGCUGAUCUGCGAGAGCAUGGAGAUGCUGCAGGCUGCGGGCGGCCCCCCGGACGUGAAGUCUGCGCUGGACUGGGCCCUGGGGCAGCCCCAGCACAGGGCCCACCCUCGGCAGCUGUUCCUGCUCACCGCUGCCUCGCCCAUGGCUGCUGCGACCCACCAAACCCUGGAGCUCAUGAGGUGGCACAGGGCGGCAGCCAGGUGCUUCUCCUUUGGGCUGGGACCUGCCUGCCGCCAGCUGCUGCAGGAUCUGUCUGCCCUCAGCAGGGGCCAGGCCUACUUCCUGAGGCCUGGGGAAAGGCUGCAGCCCAUGCUGGUGCAGGCCCUGCGGAAGGCACUGGAGCCCGCGUUGAGUGACAUCUCUGUGGACUGGUUUGUGCCCGAUGCGGUGGAGGCGCUGCUGACGCCCCGGGAGAUCCCAGCGCUCUAUCCCGGGGACCAGCUGCUCGGUUACUGCUCGCUCUUCAGGGUGGACGGCUUCCGGUCCCGCCCCCAAGGGGGCCAAGAGCCUGGCUGGCAGAGCUUGGGCAGCUCCGUGUUCCCAUCCCCAGAGGAAGCACCAUCUGCCACCAGCCCUGGCACCGAGCCCACUGGCACCUCAGAGCCACUGGGAACAGGCACUGUGUCAGCAGAGCUGUCCAGCCCGUGGGCUGCUGGGGACUCAGAUCGGAUAGGUGCUGAUGCUCUGACAGACCCAGUCACGGACCCUGGACCUAACCCCUCUUCUGACGCAGCCAUAUGGCGCCGCAUCUUCCAGUCCUCGUACAUCCGGGAGCAGUAUGUGCUUACCCACUGCUCUGCCAGCCCAGAGCCGGGCCCAGGCUCCACAGGCAGCAGCGAGUCCCCCGUCUCCCAGGGCCCUGGGUCCCCCGAAGGCAGUGCUCCCCUGGAUCCCCCUUCUCAGCAGGGCUGCCGCAGCCUGGCCUGGGGAGAAUCUGCUGGCUCCCACUCCUGCCCCCUGCCUCCACCCCCACCGGCUCCAGUCAAGACUGGGGCCUUGAGUACUGAGGUGUUGGGCCGUCGACGCAGAGCGGCUCUAACUGGCCGAAGCCUCUCAUCCCCCCCAGGCCGGGUGAACUCAGUCCCUGGCCAUCUCCGGCACCCCUCUCUGGGGGUAGCACCAGAUGGGCCAGGCCCUGAGCCAGGGCAGCUGCUGGGACAGGGCCUGGAUGACUCAGGAAGCCUGCUCUCCCCAGCCCCCAUGGACUGGGACAUGUUGAUGGAACCACCCUUCUUGUUCACGGCUGUUCCCCCCAGUGGGGAGUUGGCCCCUCCAGCAAUACCACUGCCUCCCCAGCCUCCACGCUGCCAUGUGGUGAUCCGGGCCCUGUGCGGGGAGCAGCCUAUGAGCUGGGAGGUGGGCGUUGGGCUGGAGAUGCUGUGGGGGCCUAGGGACGCUGGCUCACUGCCUCCGUCACCCCCUGAAAGAGAAAGUGCUUGGGACCAAGCACUCCAUCGACUGACAGCAGCUUCCGUGGUCCGGGACAACGAGCAGCUGGCUCUCCGAGGACGGGGCGAGACCAGGGCUGACCGGGGUCAUGCCCGGAGGUCCUGGCUCCGAGCCCUUCAGACAAGCAAGGUCAGCUCUGCCCCUUCCUGCUUCACUUGCCCUGUAGCUGUGGAUGCUACCACCAGAGAGGUCCUACCUUCAGCCCUGCAGGUGCAGAGCUCAGAGCCAGCCGAACCCCCGGGCACCCCUCCUGCCUCUCAAGGUCAUCUAGAUGCAGCUCCUCUGCCCCCAGUCGUCCACUCUAAAGGCGGCUGGGAGCCGGACCAAACUGGCAACUCCAGUUCUGCUUUGGGGGACCACGCAGCCCCCAUCGGAGGUCCUCAUCGUCUGCCCCCCGAGCCUCCCUCUCGGCUCAGCCUGGGCCGUCGGAAGGCCAGAGGCCCAGACAGCCAUAGACUCUGCAGCCCCAACACGGGCCAAGCCAGUGACAGCAACAGUGAAGGCAGCAACCACGACUACCUGCCCUUGGUGCGCUUGCAGGAGGCGCCCGGCUCCUUCCGCCUAGACGCGCCCUUCUGCGCAGCGGUGCACAUCUCUCGGGAGCGCCUGUGCCGUGCCUCGCCCUUCGCUGCACAUCGCGCCAGCCUCAGCCCCACCUCGGCCUCCUCUCCCUGGGCACUGCUGGGCCAUGGUGCUGGCCAGGGUGACAGUGCCACGGCCUCUUGCAGCCCAUCCCCCAGCUCGGGCUCCGAGGGUCUAGGCCAGGUGGACAGUGGCCGGGGCUCAGACACCGAGGCCUCGGAGGGGGCAGAAGGGCCUGGUGGUGCCGACCUGCGGGGCCGGACUUGGGCCACUGCUGUGGCGCUUGCGUGGCUGGAGCACCGCUGUGCCGCGGCCUUCGGCGAGUGGGAACUGGCGGCAGCUAAGGCUGACUGUUGGCUGCGGGCCCAGCACCUGCCCGACGGCCUCGACCUGGCCAACCUCAAGGCCGCAGCCCGGGGUCUCUUCCUGCUGCUGCGCCACUGGGACCAGAACCUGCAGCUGCACCUGCUGUGCUACAGCCCAGCAAACAUGUGAGGGUCACCGGUUGCUCUGGCUGGCACCCCCCAACAAACUCAAGUCACUGCCACCCAGAGCCAGCCUCUUGGUGCUGGGAAGGGGUGGGUGACAGUCCACCCCUACUGCUUCUCAUUCCCUUCACAAAAUCCUCUUGCCCCACAGAAAGUGCCUGCCUGUGCUCUCUCCUGCUCCUCCCACCCCAUGCCCCUUCCCCUCUGAGCUCUGUGCAGUGCAGUAGAAGGGGAGAGAGCCACAGUCCCUAAAUCCUAUGCAAUAAAGUGCCUCUUAGGACUGUC